GCUCGCUGCUUUGGUGGCUCAGCCUGGGCAAGCCAUCAAGCUGGUCUUGGGGAGAAACGAGUGGGCAGAUUGAAGUUGGCCUGCGCUCGCAUCGCAAUAUUUGUUGUGCUGCCGGUCUUCCUCGGCAUUGCCUACUUAGUCAUGACGGGCUUUAUUGCCCCCAGAGCAGAGUACCUGACCCUUCACUUCUGCCGUUUUUCUAUGUCGGCACCUAUGCCUGAGACAUGGGUGCUGAUCAGGCAGCUCAACAAAGAGUGGCUGCUGCAUGAACGUCGACGCUGCUGUACUCAGCUGCGAGACGUGGGUGUUGAUCGAAAGACCUUUCCGUUUCGCAACCAAGCUCUCACAUGGCGACUGGGUCAGCUAGCUUUGGAUAGCUCUCUC